UUGGGGGGGGUCUGUCGUGUUACAAGGAAAAUAAAAAUGACGACUUCGUCUAUUCGGCGGCAAAUGAAAAACAUUGUGAACAAUUAUUCAGAGGCAGAAAUAAAAGUUCGGGAAGCAACCUCCAAUGACCCCUGGGGUCCCUCCAGUUCCUUAAUGACUGAGAUAGCAGAUCUGACUUACAAUGUCGUGGCCUUUUCUGAAAUUAUGAGCAUGAUCUGGAAACGGCUGAAUGACCACGGCAAAAACUGGCGGCACGUGUACAAGGCCCUCACUCUGUUAGAUUACCUGAUUAAAACGGGCUCUGAGAGGGUGGCGCAGCAAUGUAAAGAGAACAUUUUUGCUAUUCAGACCCUGAAAGACUUUCAGUAUAUUGACCGAGACGGCAAGGACCAGGGCAUCAAUGUAAGGGAGAAGUCCAAGCAGCUGGUGUCUCUUCUGAAGGAUGAUGAGCGCCUCAAGACAGAGAGGGCCCAAGCCCUGAAGACCAAAGAGCGUAUGGCUCAGGUGGCCACUGGCGUUGGUAGCAACCAGAUCACAUUUGGCCGAGGGUCUAGUCAGCCUAACCUAUCUACUAGCUACUCGGAGCAAGAGUACGGCAAAUCUGGCGGCUCGCCCGCAUCUUACCAUGGCUCUACGUCCCCUCGAGUGUCGUCAGAACUAGAGCAGGCGCGGCCUCAGACGAGCGGAGAGGAAGAGCUCCAACUGCAGCUGGCGUUAGCAAUGAGCAGAGAAGUUGCAGAGCAGGAGGAGCGCCUCAGACGUGGAGAUGAUCUGAGAUUACAGAUGGCUCUGGAGGAGAGUCGCAGAGACACAGUUAAAAUUCCCAAAAAGAAGGAGCAUACGACUUUGUUGGAUCUCAUGGAUGCUCUGCCCUCGUCAGCACCGGCCCCCCAAAAAACAGAGCCCUGGGGACCCACCGCUGUGGCAAACCAAACUGACCCCUGGGGAGGAACUGCAGUGACAGCUACCACCUCUGAUCCAUGGCAAUCGUUUGGUGCCAAGCCAGCGGCUUCUGCUGACCCCUGGGGAGCACCAGCUGGAUCCACCGCUCAGCCUCUCCCCAAAAAUGUAGAUCCUUGGGCUCCUUCUCAGUCAUCGUCUGUGGCAGCAAAAGCUACAGCAGAUCCUUGGGGACCAGCACCUGCAAACAAACCUAUUUCUACUUCUGGAAGUUCGUCUUUUGACCUCUUCAGCAAUUUGAAUGGUACAGCUAAAGAUGACUUUUCUGAAUUUGACACCCUUCGGACUUCCAAGAAGCCAGCUGAGUCUGGUUCCAAUUUGCCAUCCCAACACAGUGGUACAGCAAGUCCUGAUCUCUUUGAUUCUCAACCCACAAACGUGACAUUGAGCAAACAAAAUGCAGCUCGGAAAACCCCCGAGUCCUUCUUGGGCCCCAAUGCAGCUUUGGUGAAUCUUGAUUCAUUGGUGUCUAAGCCACCACAGCCUGUUGCUUCAUUAAAUCCAUUCUUAGCUCCAGGAGCAGCUGCUGUGCCACCUCCAGUCAACCCCUUCCAAGUGAAUCAGCCUCAGCCCCUCACUCUAAAUCAAAUGAGAGCAAGCCCCGUGAUGGGAACCAGCCCUUCUUUUAGUGCCGUGCCAGCAAUAAGCAUGGAGCCAAUACCUCUGUCUUCCAUGGCACCCGUGGCUGUGGGAAUAGCACCUCUCCCGGCGAUGGGCACCGUGGCAUCACUAACGAGAAUGGGCCAGGGGAUGAACAUGAGCAUUGCAGGAUCAAUGACCCAACCUCUUCACAGUACAGGAAUCCCUCCAUCGGCGUCCCAGCCCACAAAUACAACUAACCCUUUCCUCCUAUAAAGACCCAAUCAAAGAAACUCUUUUCAAAAUGUUUCCAGGUGAAGUCUUUGGAGCAAAAUGAACAAAGCCUGUGUGGACUGAACGGUGUAUGAGAGACUUGGAAGUAGAUUUGCAGUUUACAGUUGUGAUCUUUGAAGAGUUGUCUCUACUUACCAGUUAAUCUAAUGCUAGUCCUUGCUACAGAUGGUACUUUACUUUGGCUUGUUGAGCAUUACAUGAAAUGUUCAGACUUUUCACCAAAGUUAGGUUACGCCCAUUUUGUUGCUUUGUUAAUCAUUUCAAUACACUUUCUAGGGAGAACCUGCCAUUUUAAACUCCGUUUGCUAUUUUGUAGAUGUCAGAUGAUGUGCCGGAUCCUAAAAAUACUAUGACACGCACCUGCCAUUUCCUCUGCCCGUACGAUAGACACGAGACUUGAGUGCUAGUGAAUGUCUUUGCACAUAACGAUACACAGUUCUAGACUGUUGGUUCACCCAUAGUCCUUAUUCCUAGGAGAGAUUUGGAGGGCCCAGGAGGCUGGUUUUUUCCCCCCCCACAUUAAACAUUGCAACACAAAACCGCACUGCUUUCUUCGCAAAGGGUUGACCGAGAAAGCCGGCUUGUCUCCGAAGGAAAAGAUCCGAAGCAAAUUCCCGAGUUGUCACGUACACAGUGUGCUGUUGUAUGCGGUGUUGAAUUUGUACACUACUAUCUAAGGACUCUUAAGGAAUUUUCUGUGAGUGGCAUGCUGCACUCGUGCUGAAUGAGUGGUCUGCUCUGUGCUUGUCCAGUAGUGACUUCAUUUGGAAGUUGUUGUGUGUAUUUUGUUUUUAUUUGACUUACAAUGUGAGUUUAAAAGAAAUACAGUGGGACAACUUUGAAUUCAGUUUCACCGGGGCAAGCUUUAAAACUAAUUCAGGCUUAACCUUGCUAUAUGCAGUUACUCUGGUAUACUUUUGCACAUAUUUUUGUUUUUUAGUACAGUUUCAUAUUUUGAGUUUGCAGAAUGACCUAAUUAGUCUUUUUUUGGCUAAUUUUUAUAAUGUGGUUCUUAUUUAACUGUCUAGUUUUGAUAGACUUAUCACGUCUGGCUGAAAAAUUAAGAUAUUGGCAGAUGUCACUGUUAUGGUUUUAAUGCCCUCUUAUUUAUGGUUUUAGCUUUUUUUU